AUGGCGUUGCCGAAGUUUGAUUUGUGUGAAAUGGCUGCGAAUCCCACCGGCUGGGGACCACUUGGCAAUCCUCCGGCCCUAGAUACGUCUAUUCCAUUUCAGCAAUACAACAAAGUGAGUUACUUAAAAAAUUGCAGAGGUUCUUGUUCGUAA